AAGAGCCAAGGUCAGGAGGAGUCCUUGCAGAGUCAUAGCCACUACUUUUGUGGUUCUGUAGCGGCGUUCGCCAACAUUGCCAUCACGUUUCCCAUUCAUAAGGCGUUGUUCCGCCAGCAGCUGUUUGGGCUGCGAGUGAGGGAAGCUAUGCUGCAGCUUCAUGCGGACGGUUUACACACUCUAUACCGUGGUAUCCUACCUCCCUUGCUUCAGAAAAGCGCCACCAUUGCUAUUAUGUUUGGAGUUUAUGAGGACUUGUUGGGGUUGCUACACCGUCACGCUCCUCAUGCCCCCGAGGUGUUAACACAGAGCGUUGCUGCAGUUUUGGCGGGAAGUGCUGAAGCCAUCCUAACGCCCUUUGAGAGGGUCCAAACUCUACUGCAGGACCCUCGGCAUCACGGGAGCCUUCAGAACACUGCGCAUUCUUUCCGGGUCUUAAUACAGCAACAUGGCAUUCCAGAGCUUUAUCGUGGCCUGGUCCCUAUUCUACUGAGGAACGGCCCUAGUAAUGCUUUAUUCUUUGGUUUGCGUGGCCCACUGAAGGAAUUCCUCCCGGAGGCGAAGUCGAAGGCGGGGCAUUUGGUGAAUGACUUUGUAUGUGGGGCGAUUCUGGGAGGAGGGCUCGGGGUGGCGUUUUACCCCCUGAACGUAGUUAAGUCUCACGCACAAGCACAGAUUGGAGGGGAGUUUAAGUCUUGCAGGGCGAUAUUGGUGAACGUUUUGAAAGAGAGGGACGGGAGGGUGAGCCGUCUCUUUCGGGGUGUACAUUUGAACUUCCAACGAUCUAUUUUCUCCUGGGGAAUUAUAAAUGCCACAUAUGAACUUUUGCUGAAAAUGUUAAAUUAGAAGGGUGGCGAACUAAAACACACAACUCUUUAAUGGGACUUAUAAUAUAGCACAAAGACUUGAAUAGGCUACUUUUAGGUUUAAAAGCUACAUGUUAAAAUUUCUCCACAUAAGUAAGGUAGUCAUUUGGGUUCGACAUAGAUGGAAUAGAGGGCAAAUAAUUGGUGGCCAAAUGUAGAUUUUUGGGUGAGCAAUGCCUUUUAAUUACUUUCCUCCCUACAGAACUUAUUGGAGUUUUCCUAUAGGGGCUGUUUACAAGACAACAUUUUCCUCUGUAAACUGCAACGUUUUAUACGGUUUGGCUGUUUAUUUACACAAAAAGGGCUUUUUGGGGUCCUGAAAACUUGACUCCCAGAAAGUAAACUGUUGCCUACAAUCUGUGUGUUUGUUGUAGUCCAAGAAAAGAGAUUUACAUUGGAAGCAAUAACCCGCGUCAUGGUUUACUUUGGGAUUACCUUUCGUUAGCAUGUACUAAUACACACUUACACACCAAAGGAAACGUGAAUCCGACCAUAGUUGCCCUUUAAUUCAAUGUCUAACAUUUGAAUUGGAUCAAAAAAUUGGAAAAUCUUUUAUUAAAGGUCCCGUUCUUUGCUGUAGGCUUUGAAAGGCGAAUUCUGUUAAAAAAAUGUAUCACCUGGCAGUGACCUUUGAGCUUUUUGAUUUUGCAGGUAUUAUUUAUGCUAUUAUAGCAACAUUACACACUAACUAGGGUUUAAAAAAUGGGAUCAGAAAGAACGUGACCUUUAAUGCUGCGUUUACACCAGCCGCGGCAGAGGCAACAAAAACGCGAUGUUGGUGCGUAGUUGGACGCUUGAAUAUUUGAGUUCACUCGCUUCAUUCGCGCGUGAAAUUCUAGUCAUUCGAGACAUUCACGGGGAAAUUCGCGUCAUGGGCUUCUGCGACUCCGCUGAGACUCCACCACUCUAGAGCUGUAAUCGGGCCUUAAAAGUUAGGCCCGAAAUGUCCGGAGCCCGACAGAAUGCAGCCCGAACCCGAACGUACAUUUAGAUUGACAGCUUUUUAAAAGCCCGAACCCGUUUACAGCCCGACAUUAUUUAAAUGUGCGCACACACACAGCUUUUGUCAAGAAUGAGAAAUUUACACAGGUUUUAACAUUAUUUAUUCAUGACUAA